AAUCAUACGAUGUUUAAAACAAAGCAGAAAGGCUGUAGCCAUCAAGCUAAUUGGAAAUCUCCUACAAAAUACUUUAAAAUUGUUCAAUAUGAAGACUUGUUAUUUGUAUACUCUGGGGAUUUUAAUGAUAUUUGGAACGUUAUAUGUAAUACAUGCACAAACAAUAACAUUUAGUAAACGCAUUAUAUCUGGCACACGGGCAGCAGUAAAUCAAUUUCCUUGGCAUGUGAUUUUAAAGAGAGACGAAUUUGAUGUUUUGCUGUGUGGUGGUUCACUAAUUUCCGAUAGUUGGGUUUUAACCGCCGCUCAUUGUUUUAAAAACAUCACCUCAGUUUUUUUGGUAUUUGGCACCAUAGACCUACGCAAUGAUGACAUUAAUAUGACCUCUACUGAAAUCUUUAUGCAUCCUCAAUACAAUGAAAUAAACUUUAACAAUGAUAUUGCACUUAUUCAGCUACCAGAAACAUUAAACUUUACCAGCAGCAUACAAGCCAUUAAAUUGGUAACUACUGCACUGGCUGCCACUGGUUUUAUAGGAGCUCAAGCCAUUGUUGCUGGAUUUGGUCAGCUAAACGAUGAAGAGGUGGCAUUUCCUGAUACCUUACAAUGGGCUCAGGUGGAAAUUGUCAAUACUUCUAAAUGUGCCGAAGUGUAUGGUGAAGACUUGGCUGCGGCUACAAAUAUUUGCGCCCGGGGUUAUAAUGAUACGAAUAUGUCAAUUUGUCAAGGUGAUUCGGGAGGUGCUUUGGUUUGGCUGAACGAUGCCGAUAGUUUUGUGCAAAUUGGCAUUAGUUCAUAUGUGGCUUUAAACCAGUGUACGCAAAAUUUUCCAGCCGGCUAUACUAGACUGUCUUCGUAUAUGGAUUUUAUUCAAAAUAUUACUGGCAUACAUUUUGAGGAUGCAAUGGAAAUUGCUUAA